AUGGGCAGAGAAAACAACCAGAUCCCUACCAUCUACAAGGAAGCAAUCGAGAAGUAUGAGGAAAUCACCAAAAAGCCACUACUUGAUCCCACGUUGCUUGAAAUCACAUCCACGGAAGCUUUGUUCGAUAGAAUCGAAAAGGAAAAUGGCAAAUUCGAUGACUUCAGAGCCACCAGGCACGGUUUAUUCGAUGCACUAGAAUGUGCUCUCAAGCCUAUCGAGCUGGUUGGACAUCUUGUGUCCGGUGCAGCCUCCAUAGCUUUCCCUCCAAGUUCUCUGGUGUUUGGUUCAGUUCUUUACCUAAUGGAUGCUGCCAAAGGAGUGUCUGCCUCCUACAAUGCUAUUAAGGACUUGAUGGACUCGCUUGAGAAUUUCACGGUUCGGUUACGCAUAUACAACCGUGAGAUUAUUUCAAACGAAUUGAGCAAACAUCUCAGUGAUAUCCUCGUUGUUCUAAUAGAGGUUUUUGCCCUAUCUAGAAAGGCGAUCAAAGGCGGCAGGUUCCUCAAGUUUGCAAGAAAUGUUUUAAUCGGUAACGACGACAAGAUCCAGGCUGCAGUUGGAAGACUAGCCAAACUUACAGAAACUGAGCAUCGCCUUGUGGGUGCUGAAACGUUAACGGAGACUAAGAAAACGAGCCGAGCCGUUGAUGACGUUGCAAUCAAUCUCGCUGCUACGAGCAUGACUGUAGACAAAACUAGCGUCUCAGUUUCUCAAAUCAGCGUCAAUGUCACAGACAUAAACCAAAAGUUAAAUAGCCUUAUACAUGAGGCGGCGUCGUCAAACGAUAUGUCAAAAGCUGAACAAGACAGAAGGGACCAAGAUUUUAUCAAAGGGGCACUCAAGCCUUCGGUUACUGCUUAUGACUGGUACGAUAAGAUCAGCAAGUCCAGAGUUAAGGAUACUGGAGAUUGGAUCAGAAAUGAGCCCUUUUUUAUAUCCUUGGUAGAAAGAAGGAUACCUAUUCUACGAGUCUCUGGUAACCCUGGAGCUGGAAAGUCUUACCUCGCAUCCAACAUGAUAUCCUAUCUCAAUGGCUUGUAUCCACAGCUUGUCCACCACUCGUCUCGUGUCUCAGUGGGAUAUUUCUUCUUCAAAGAUGACAACCCAACAACAAGGUCUAUUCACCAAGCACUCUGUGACAUUGCCUACCAAAUCAGUCAAAAUGACCCAGUUUACGCAAAAUACAUUGUGACAAGUGCCAUCACAGCCGAAGAUAUUAGCACCAUCGAAAGUGCCUGGCGAACACUUUUCGUCAAUUUCUUCAUCAAAAAGCUAGACGGAACUAGCAGUGUUUAUUUACUCCUCGAUGGCGUUGAUGAAGCAUUCGAAGCUGAAAUACAGCCGUUUUUUGAGCUUGUUAAAGAUAUAAAUGAAGUGUCUGAUCAUCCUCGAAUUCAGCUGGUCAUAGUUGGAAGGCCUCAACUCGGCGAUCUUAUUUCAGACGCCCUUGAAGUGGAGGAUGUCCCUACGAUCUAUAUCACGGAAAGUAAAAACUCAACUGAUAUUAUUCGUUACAUUGAGAAUAAUAUCCGAAAAUCAAACAUUCUUAGAAGAGUUUCAGGAAAGCUACGAGCUGAAAUUGUCAAGAAACUCUCUGAUAGGGCCCAAGGCAUGUUUAUUUGGGUUCAUUUAAUGUUGAAAGAGCUGUUGAAGAAAAGAAGCGAGUCAGCGAUCCGCGAGGCCUUGGAUUGUGCGCCUCGUGGGCUAGAUGAAAUGCUCUCACACGUCCUGACGAGUUUCUCAUUAACCCUUCUUGACGAUUAUCCAGAGGCCUUGAACGAAUUGCUAGCUUGGGUAACAUGUGCGCAGUGGCCACUGACGCUGAGAGAACUUGAUACGAUCAUGAAACUCAAAUCUCCAGACGGAGAUGGUAUGAUCUAUCUUGAAGGGCCCCUUCGGAGACAAUUUGCUUCAUUUUUCAGCCUUAAUCGCGAAGAUGGCCUGACUACCGCGGAGUUACAUCUCAUGAAUCCAAACCUUGUCGACUCGGAUGGUGAAGAAGAUAUCGAUGGAAGCGAAGAGGAGCAGUCCUUCGAGGAUACCGAUGAUACAACUCAGUUUGACUCCAAUCUAGACACAACAACGGUUACAUUUUGCCAUUCAUCUCUAGGAGAUUUCUUUCGGGGCGGUAAGGGUAAGAUUUCGGCAGGAGAUGGAUAUCCCAGUAUCGGCGUUGAUAUUAAGGCUGCUGAAUUUAACGUUACGAAGACAUGUCUUGAGAUUCUGUGUGGUGAUGAGGCCAUGAUUAAUUCAGAGGAUAAAGCCGCAAGCUUGCGAUACAACGAGGAUGGGAAUUGGUCAAAAAACGUCCGUAUGCUUGGUGCUUCAACAAAGUCAUCUCUUGACAUUUCGUGUGAUGAAGAAUCCAUGAUGAAGGCAGAUGAUACAGCCGCAAGCUUGCGAUAUUAUGCGGCUAGGAACUGGCCGAAACAUCUCCAUAUGCUUGAUGCCUCAACCAUUACCAUUCCGCAAAAGGCACAGAUAGCCUCUUUGUUGUGCCGAAUGUUUACCCAACAAAGUACUAUGAAAUUCUGGAUAUUCACCGUCGGGCCACCAUUUUUAUCCACUGUUAACCUUGACAUGGUCAGGAAAUGGUUGGACGACAAGCAAAUUGUGCCUUUCUUACCCCCUGGCUAUCAAGAAUUUAUCAAAUCAACUUCCGAAUCUCCCGCAGAAACAUUUAAGCCAUUAAUCCAGCUUGUCCAACGAUACUGGAUUGGUGACUUACUGGGGCAUUCCAUAACUUGCUGUGACAUGGCUUUCAACUAUUUUUGCCUAAAAGAUAGAACUAUAGAGCUGCAGCAUGAAGGUUGCAACUCAGCUGCGAAGAUAAUCUCCACAGCUGAGAGAUUUGAUAUGGAGAAAACUGCUAAUUGGUAUCGGAGGGUUGCCGUUACUCUGCGUGACAAAGGCUUGUUUGAAGAGUCGUUGACAUACUUUAACAAAUCCUUGGACCUUGACACUACGCUGUGGCUCUCGCGUGGAGGUAUGGCAACGUCAUAUUUCCAGUUAGGGCAGUAUGAGAAGGUUAUUGAACUGCAUGAAUCACUAUUAUCCGAAACUCAACAAGAUACUUCGUUACUGCAAGGGAGCCCAUCUGAGAUGAAUAAGUAUCUUCAUGCAAUCCAUGAACGGACGGCUGAAUGUUACGCCAAACUGGGAGAUACAGCAAAUGCGCUAAAAAACUAUCAGAAAGGCCACAACGUUUCUCCUCAAUGCAACAAAUGUAUCUGCCAGCUCCUACUUUUGAUGGAUGCUCAAGACCUCUGCGAUGAUAUCAUUUCGACGCUGAAGGCUAUGCAAAGGAAGAUGAUCCCCACUGGGGAGUACUCUUAUUUAGCUGCCUUUGUGUAUAUCAAUUUUGAGGUGGACUCGGAUUACUUCAAACUCGUCGCGCGUGCCGCAAGGCAAACCGGGGAGGUCGAAUUUCUCAUCGACGCUUGCCGGGACACGAUCCGUGUGACAAGAAAACUGUUGAUUUCGGUUGAAUCAAGCAAGCUAGAGCUUUGCCUUGCUGAUUUAUAUUACAUAUAUACAAACGAACAAGCCAAGGCUAUCCGGAUAUGGAACAAGCUCAUUGAGACCUUUGCAGAACCCAGACUGGGAAGUGCAGUAUUCUUCGUCAAAGAUGCGGCAACAGACAGGCUAGCCGUUCAUUAUAGCCGAAAGCUGUGGCAAGCGGGCAUUGGCUCCCAGGAUGCAGAAAACGAUGUCAAGAAUUUAGAGCAAUUGGCGAAACAAGAGUCAAGCCCUCAUGGCACCGGCUCCUCCGUAUCGUUUUCCGCAAAUAAGGCUGCUAUUCGCCUUGGACUGUGGUAUCGCCUGCAGGGCAGAAAGGAGGAUGCGGAUGCCUGUUUUCGACCAUCAAUCAAUUCCGCGCUUGAAUUAUUGUCUAAUGGCGAUGACCUGGGAAAUGAUAUAUUCGCCUACAAAACCCUUAGGGAGGUACUCCUGGCAACUGGGGAGGAUGAGCUUGUCAUUCCUAUUUUUUAUUGCCUAGUAGCCAUUCUCAAUGGUUCCAUGGAGACCCAAGCUGGAAAAGACAGGAGAGAAAAUGGCCAUGGCACCGCUGAUGGCAAGCCUUACAUCGGGGGAUGUAAUGGGUGCCAGAAGCUGCUUCGAGGAGACGACAUCGUCUACGUCUGCACCUAUUGUCUUGGGAUGAUGUUGUUCUGCGAGUCAUGCGAACGAGUUGCAAAAGACGGUGUAAUGCCAGAGGGAAUGUGCGGUAUAUCGCACGUCCGGAUGAUUAUCCCACCCAAUCCUGAUCCAUAUAUGGCCGGCAAAUUUCGUGUUGGAGGGACGUUGGUUGACCUAGAGGGCUUUAAAAAGCAGCUAGCCAGGCGUUGGAGACCUUGA